AUGAGGUUCCUUAACCUGUUGUUUGUGGCAGGAGCCGCGGCGCUCUCCCAAGCACCCUUCCUGGACACCCCGGAAGUGGAGGGAUUCCAAACAUUUCAAAGUCAAUUCUCAGAGCACCACUCCAUCCGCAUCAAACGGCAGCAGAACGAUACCCUGUGUGAUGCCCGCUCGAAGCAAUACACCGGCUGGUUGGACGUCGGCUCCAAGCACUUCUUCUUCUGGUACUUCGAGUCGCAGUACAAGCCGUCCGAGGACCCGCUGCUGCUAUGGCUCACAGGCGGACCUGGCGGAUCCAGCAUGAUUGGCAUGCUGCAAGAGAACGGACCCUGUUUGAUCAACGAGUAUGGCAAUGGGACCGUGCAUAACGAGCAUGGAUGGAGUAAGAACGCGAAUAUCAUCUAUGUUGACCAGCCGGCGGGCGUUGGAUUCAGCUAUGUCGACGAGGGAACGCCAAUUCCGGGGACAAGCUUCACUGCUGCUGAGGAUAUGCACCAUUUCCUGCAGCUGUUCACAACGGACGUGUUUCCGAAGCUGAAGGGGCAGGAGUUCCAUAUCACUGGAGAGAGCUAUGCUGGGCACUAUGUUCCUACUUUGGGCGCCCAGAUAGUGUCUCAGAACCUGCUAUAUCCCAAGCGACCGCAGGUGAACCUUCAGUCCAUCUUCGUCGGUAAUGCCUAUGUCAGUCCCCUCGACACAGCUUUUGGCUAUUGGGAGACGCUUUGCACAACAAACCCUGGCGUCGACUCGCCCAUCUUCAAUCAGACACGCUGCGACAUCAUGGCGAACAACCUUCCACGCUGCCUCGAGCUUGCACGAGUCUGCUACAAGCACCCGGAUUCCGCAAUCUGUCUUGCUGCCGAGGGGGUAUGCUGGAACGGUGUGAUCGUGCACUACGACGGCGAGUCUGGCCCCGGAGGCCGCAAUCGAUUUGACAUCACGCGUCACUGCGACACAGGCGACGGCUUCUGCUACACCGAGAUUCCUAAAAUUGACGAGUACCUCAACCUGCCAUGGGUGUACGAAGCUCUGCACGUGCCAAAGGCAGUUGGCAGCUACAGUGUUUUCUCAGAACCGGUCGACGAUGCCUUCUCGCUGACGAACGAUUACAUGAUAACCAUGCAGCCACAGGUACUCGCACUGCUGGAGAAUGGCGUGGAUGUGCUCUUCUACCAAGGCAACUUGGACCUUGCGUGCAACACGGCAGGCAACCUGCAAUGGGCCAAUUCGAUGUCAUGGAAGGGUCAGCCGGCAUUCGUGGCGCAGGGCAAGCAAACGUGGAAGGUCGGAAAGCAGGAAGUCGGCUGGUUCAAGGAGGUCAAGGUCGUGACUGGCAGCGGCAGAGAGACAACUUUUGCUCUUAGCACGGUUGAUGGAGCGGGGCACAUGGUGCCAUACGACAAGCCGAAGGAGGCGCUUGCGUUGGUGGAUAGAUGGUUGAACGUGCGCAGCUUCAAGUAG